AUGUGCAAACUGGCAAAAAAGCCCCCAAAGGCCGAUGCAUCCACCCUCCUGCGCUCCAAGUCGGGCUCCGAGGAGGUCCUGUGUGAUUCGUGCAUCGGCAACAAACAGAAGGCCGUCAAGUCCUGCCUGGUGUGCCAGGCGUCCUUCUGCGAGCUGCACCUCAAGCCCCACCUGGAGGGCGCCGCCUUCCGCGACCACCAGCUGCUCGAGCCCAUCCGGGACUUCGAGGCCCGGAAGUGUCCCCUGCACGGCAAGACCAUGGAGCUCUUCUGCCAGACCGACCAGACCUGCAUCUGUUACCUCUGCAUGUUCCAGGAGCACAAGAAUCACAGCACGGUGACGGUGGAAGAGGCCAAGGCCGAGAAGGAGACAGAGCUGUCGCUGCAGAAGGAACAGCUGCAGCUCAAGAUCAUCGAGAUUGAAGACGAAGCUGAGAAGUGGCAGAAAGAGAAGGACCGCAUCAAGAGCUUCACCACCAACGAGAAGGCUAUCUUGGAGCAAAACUUCCGGGACCUGGUGAGGGACCUGGAGAAACAAAAGGAGGAAGUGAGGGCUGCCCUGGAGCAGCGGGAGCAGGAUGCUGUGGACCAAGUGAAGGUGAUCGUGGAUGCUCUGGACGAGAGGGCCAAGGUGUUGCAUGAGGACAAGCAGACCAGGGAGCAGAUGCAAAGCAUCAGUGACUCAGUGCUGUUUCUGCAGGAAUUCGGUGCAUUGAUGAGCAAUUACUCCCUCCCCCCACCUCUGCCCACCUACCACGUUCUGCUGGAGGGGGAGGGCCUGGGACAGUCGCUUGGCAACUUCAAGGAUGACCUACUCAAUGUGUGCAUGCGCCACGUUGAGAAGAUGUGCAAGGCCGACCUGAGCCGCAACUUCAUUGAGAGGAAUCACAUGGAGAACGGGGGCGACCACCGCUACAUGAACAACUACGCUAACAGCUACACGAGCGAGUGGAGUGCGCCUGAUGCCAUGAAGAGAUACUCCAUGUACCUCACGCCCAAGGGUGGGGCCAGGACAUCGUACCAGCCAGGGUCCCCCAGCCGCCUCUCCAAGGAGACGAACCAGAAGAACUUCAACAAUCUCUAUGGCACCAAAGGUAACUACACCUCCAGGGUCUGGGAAUACUCCACCAUUCAGAGCUCUGACGACCUGCCCGCUGUCCAAGGCAGCUCCUCCUUCUCCCUGAAAGGCUAUCCCUCCCUCAUCAGGAGCCAGAGCCCUAAGACCCAGCCCCAGACUUGGAAAUCUGGCAAGCAGACUUUGCUGUCUCAUUACCGACCGUUCUACGUCAACAAAGGCAACGCGAUGGGGUCCAACGAGGCCCCGUGA